CUAUUUUCUGUGACUGUAAUAUUUUUUCUAACGUAUGAUUAAAUAAUUGAACUGUGUCGACUUUGAUCACUUUACGUUAUUUGUCCCUGAGUAUGGAAUUUGAAUGUACAUAUGUACGUAUAAGAAAUCCUGUUUCGACGUAUUGCCCUACGUCGUCCUCAACUAUAAAAACAUUCUUUACGUGGUAUAUUUACCAGACAAAUUUCAAAGACGUUCGAUGACUAUGCUUUCGUUCGACGGUAUCCAGUGAGACUCGAAUACGCGUAAACGUAAUUUGUGGAGCGAAACCAAGUAAAUUUGUUACGAAGUACCUGCUAUACUGUAAGAUUACGAACCCUGCAAAAUAUGACCUCGAGAAGGCGUGCAAUGGGCAGAGAGGAGUUUAAUUUGUACAGCACCCCAGUGGAAGAAACUAAGCCAAAACUUGUUAGGAAUUCGUCGUCGAAUGGGGUUAGGAAGAGAAAAACGUUGGCAAGUGAGAUUAGUCUUCAGAAAAGGGCCAAGAAACGACGGAAAAGAGCAAAAGUGAUCCUGGGAAGCUAUAAGGAAAACAAAAGAUCGAAAAGUAAAAAGGCUACUUUACCAACGAACUAUGAUGGCGAGUGGGUCACGGAAUCGGAACACUCGAGUUACAGCUCGGAUGCUGUCUUAUUCAAGGAGCUGCAAGAGCCAGAAUCCGUUCGAGAAGCGCAUCACGUUGUGGAUGAUCCCUUGAACGCGUCGUUUCUCGAACCUCGUCAUAGGGAAAAUAUAGAGUUGGAAAAGAUUGAUGUCGUGGUGAAUUACGAACCCCUUCAAACGGUAUCACACCUGCCUUUGCAGAUCAACGAUACAGACGACGAGGAGGAAGAGUUUGUAUUGAGGGAAGAAGACGAGACGAGAAAAUACCCAGGUAGACAACCGAGAAAAUCAGUGAACCCGAAAUCAAAAUGUAUGAAGUGGUUGAUGGAUUUAAAAUCACCCACAGCGUCGAGCAAUAUCCUCUGGGAUGAUUGUACAAGGGAUCAUCCUACAGAAAGGAGUAUGCAUAUUCCUCAACCUAACAUUUUGAGAAACAAGAACGAGCAAAAUGACGCGGAUUCCGCAGCAGAACCGCUUGGGAAGUUAUGGCCAGGGCUGAAAAUACCUCCCGAUAUGGAGGUUACGCGUGGAACCAAAGAUAAACAGUCAAAAAAAUGGACUCGAAAGUACAGCGUGUAUAUAUUUCCCGAGUCUGAAGACGACGAAUCUGAAUUGAUAAGCCUGAGAGAGUAUCGUCGUAAACGGAAAGCUGAAAAAGAAAAGAUGUUAUGUUCCAAGAGAUUUAAACCUCGAAUUACGUCUAUAGAAACGUUAACAAACAUACGAUAUAUAAAACAUGGAGAAAAUUGGAGAAUCGUUGAAAAUCCUUCUGAUUAAAUUUUUUCGUUGGGAUACCAAAUUAAUAAAUAGAUAAAAUUCGUUAUUUCGAAGUAUGUAGAUAAGAUUAAGGGAGU